AUGAAGGCUAUAGCGGAAGUUACAUUAUUAAUUGCGUUCAUUCUAUUGAUCAGCUUCAGUGAACUGUGCUAUGGUGACCUGCAAGUAGGGUUCUACAAUGGAGAAUGUGGAUUCAUAGAUGUUGAGCUUAUAGUGGGACAAGUCGUCGCUGCCCAAGUCUUCAGGGACCCAACCAUUGUAGCUGCUCUUCUCCGAUUGCAAUUCCAUGAUUGCUUUGUUAGGGGUUGCGACGCAUCUAUCCUCUUAGACGGAAUUUUUACAGAGAAGGCUGCACCUGCGAACCUUAAUGUGAGAGGAUUCGAUGUCGUUGAUCAAGCAAAGGCCGCUGUGGAGAGCGCUUGCCCUGGUGUAGUUUCUUGCGCUGAUAUAAUCGCCAUGGCUGCUAGAGAUGCUGUUUUCUUGGCUGGAGGAGGAAAAUACAAUGUACAAACAGGGAGAAGGGAUGGCAUGGUCUCACUUGCCAGUGAAGUAAUCGAUCUCCCAGGCCCUUCAAUAUCAGUCUCUCAAGCCAUUGAAACAUUUGCUAUGAAAGGACUUGACCCUACAGACAUGGUUCUUCUACUUGGUGCUCAUACUGUGGGGGUUGCACACUGUUCAUUCUUCCAAAAUCGUCUCUUCAAUUUCCAGAACACAGGAAAGCCUGAUCCAACCAUGGACCCAUUGCUAGCUUCAAUCUUGAGGUUCAGAUGCCAAGAGAAUGGAACGAAGGACAACAGUGUUAGUCUGGACCAGAGCGAACAGAGUAGAAACAUUGUAGACAAUUCAUAUUACAAGCAAUUGAUGAUAGGGAGAGGAAUUCUAGAAAUAGAUCAAGAGUUGGCAUUAGAUCCUCAGACUAGGGAUACAGUGAUGUCUCUGGCAAAUACUGGUGGAUUUAACUUCGCUGCACAGUUUGGUGAGGCUAUGGUGAAAUUGGCUGCUGUAGAGGUUCUUACUGAAACUCAAGGAGAGGUUAGGAGAUCAUGCCGUGCCAUUAACUAA